AUGAGCUGCAUUCUCAAGUGUAAUAACACCGAGGAUGAAAUCCUCGUACAAGAGGAAGAUGGAUCUUACUCGAAAAGUCAUGACUAUACAGAGAAGCCAUCGAUCAUCUACAAGCCGAGCACGGUAGUGCCUCCAAACAACAUCUUGGAGAUCCCACCUCCAAAUGACCUCGAUACGCCAGUAACGUUUUUCCCGACAGUCGACACCUUCUUCGACGCCGACAACAGUCUCCUCGUCAUUUUAAUGGAGCUUCCAGGCUUCUCAACUGCUGACAUUGAGAUUAAUGUGGGCGACGGUGAAAUCAGCGUUUCAGGACCCCGUCCCAAGGAUGAGCUGUAUGAAAAGUUUGGUGACAACCUCAACAUUCAAAUCAGAGAGAGGAAGGUCGGUUACUUCUUCAGGAGGUUCAAGCUUCCCAACAACGCUCUGGACACCACGGCAAUUGCCUCCUACGACAACGGUAUCCUCAGCGUCAGAAUCCAGUGCUCUCAGUUCACCCCCUCCAGACGCCUGCCCAUUGACGGCCCCGCCUACCACCACGAUAAGGUAAACUUCGUGAACCACAGCCUUGCUUCAUCAAGCCCAAGCACCAGCGCUAUGGAAAACGGCACCUCUAAGCCCAUGGGCAGAAAGGGCUCUGGCAGUCAGUAA